AAUCAGGUAACGUUGAGAUUCUGUUCAAUCUGCGCAGACGCAUUGUCGGCAACAGGCUCCAACAGGCCUCCAUGCGUUGGUGAAAUUGUGAAGAAGUAAAUGAGUGUAAAGUGUUUAACAACAUUAUUUCCAGUAUUUAAGCAAAAUUUAAACAAAGUUUCAAAACAGAAGAUAAAAUUAAUUUCAACCAUGUCUGAAAUUCUUGACCAAAUUCCCGACGUUGACAUUGAUUCGGAUGGAGUUUUUAAAUACAUUUUAAUAAAUGUAACAGAUAAAAAGAGCAAUUCUAAAAAACCAAUUGUCCGGGGAUACGCCAGAGCUCCUUAUCACGAAUUCGAGACUUUAUAUACAGCCGAUAUAUACGACGAGGUUGAAGAAAAAUUGAAGAAGUUGGGACCCAACAUAAAGUCAAAAUGUGUCGGAGGUGGAAGAAUUAAGCACGACUCUGACCAAAAUGCCAUUAACGUUUAUGGAUACUCUCAGGGAUUUGGAAAAGCUGAUCAUGAAGUGUCUGUUGAUCUAAUAAAAAAAAAGUAUCCCUCUUACGAAGUCACCUGGUCCAAUGAAGGAUAUUAAUUAUUCAAAAGGAAAAAUAUUUUUGACAAAUUAUUUUUCUUUUACACUACCUACUACAUUGUUAUUUAAAUCUCAUUUUAAUAAUUUUCUUUUUUGAAAAAUAAUUUAUUAAAAGCAGAACGAUUUUUUAUCUAUAUUGUGCCCUUAUUUAUAAAUUUAAAAGGAUUGUAAAGUCUCCGAAUAGCAAAAUUUUUGUACACUAAUAAAUAAAUAAAAAUAACAGUAUAAUUA